AUGGACAACGAAGCAUCGUCUUCAGAAGAAAAGUACAAAGUUAUUGAAUACAAUGAGCAAAUCUUUCGCAUUCCUGUUCGACGCAUCAACCAGUCGCUGUUUCUUUUCCUAAGUGAUGUGCAAGCCAUCGUACCAGCAGCGACAGCCUUGACAUCGACGGAUAAAUUGAUUCCAUUCGAAACGGAUCCGACUACACAUGAAGAACUGGUACCCAAACGAGUCGCUGUAUCCGAAUUCGACAGUGCAUGGCAAGUCCAUGUACCCGAGGCGGCCGAGAGUCGACGCACGUUACAAGCCAUGGAUGGCAAACUGGAUCGGUUAUCACGGCAGCUGCGGCGGCUCUUGAUUCCUAAUCACCACGGUGAUAAUAAUCAAGACGAUGAUAAUAGUCUUGACGAUUCUGACAAUAGUGGAUCUCAUCCUGACGAUCAAGUGCCAAUAGCAGCACCACCGUUACCUCUUGACCAUGACCAGCAACAACAACAACAACACCAACGCCAUGACUCACCAGAACAACCACUAUCCAUUCGUCACCACCACCAACAACAACAGCACUCAUCGCAACAACCACAACAACAGCAACAGCAACCACAAGAACACGCAAGACCCGACAGUCCACCACCUGCUUUUACCACCUCGCCAUUACCGACACGCCGUGGCGAAGGCGACGCACCGCCUUCUUACGAGACAUCGAUUUUGGGCAAUAUCAAAGCCUUGACGGAUCAAUUGCGACUGUACGAAUCGCAUAUUGCCAACAGACACAAGUCACCACGAUGGUUAUCGAGACGACAGGACUGGAUCGAUCGUGAGCCGAUCAGUAUCGAACAAGUGGCGUAUCAGCUUGUGCAGCUAGAGAUGGCGUUGUUGUGGACGGCCGUGUCCGAGAGUUGGAUCCAGGAACGAGAGACGUGGCUGACCUUGGUGGCAAGUGCAAGGACCGAACGGCAUUUGGCUGGAGCCAUGUUGAAUCUGGAAAGGCAUACCCUGGUGAUGGAUGAUGUUUGGGUCAGUCAUGUCAGAGAAAGUUGGACAAAUGAAUUGUUGGAGAUAAUUGUAUUACCGUUAACGCAUGGUUAA